ACAAUAUUGCGACUUCAAAAACUUGCACAUCUUUAAUCUUUAUGCUCACUGAUCUAUAUCUUAUGCAAGAUGCGCACAAAAAUCAACCUUUUUGCCCGCCAAUUUGCUGCUUCUGCUUUGACACAAGAGCUACCAACAAAUCUACAAAAUUUGUGCUCCAACGGUCACCUUAACUAUGCACUGACAGAUAUGGCCAAAUUGGGUCUUCAAAUGAAUUUUCAAGCGUAUGACACUCUCUUAAACGAAUGUGUAAAACAGAAGUCUGUUAGAGGAGGUCAAAGGGUUCAUGCACACAUGAUCAAGACUCAAUAUAACCCGCCAGUGUAUCUUGUAACAAGGUUGCUUGUUUUGUAUGGUAAAUGUGAGUGUUUGUGGGAUGCUCGCCAGGUGUUUGAUGAAAUGCCUGAGAGAAAUGUAGUUUCUUGGACUGCUUUGAUGUCUGCUUAUUCCAAGAGUGGGUAUGCUUCUGAAGCUUUGGAUCUUCUUGUGAAGAUGUUAAGAUCAGGUACUGAGCCAAACGAGUACACAUUUGCAACUGCACUCACUUGUUGCACUGGAGUUUCCGGGCUUUAUCAUGGGAGGCAAGUCCACAAUCACAUAAUCAAAAACAAUUUCGACUCUCAUUUAUACGUCGGGUGCUCUCUCCUUGACAUGUAUGCUAAAGCUGGUGGAAUCCACGAAGCGCGUUUUGUUUUUGAAAACCUUCCAGAAAGGGAUGUUGUUUCUUGGACCGCCAUUAUCUCGGGCUAUGCCCAGUUGGGUCUUGAUGAAGAGGCCUUGGAGUUGUUCCGUAGGUUAUUAAGGGAAGGAAUCGCUUCUAACUAUGUUACCUAUGCUAGUGUUUUGACUGCCGUUUCUGGACUCGCAGCGUAUGAAAUGGGAAAGCAAAUUCACAGUCAUACGCUUCGGUCUGGACUUCCGUUUUACGUGGUUCUUCAGAAUUCUCUUAUCGAUAUGUACACAAAAUGCGGCCAACUAAGCUAUGCAAGGAGGGUGUUCGAUAAAAUGUCUGAGAGAACCGUUAUUUCAUGGAACGCGAUGCUUGUGGGAUACAGUAAACACGGAAUGGCUAGAGAGGUGGCUAGCCUCUUUGAACUAAUGAGAAACGAAAACCAAGUUAAACCCAAUAACGUAACUUUCUUGGCUAUAUUAUCAGGUUGCAGUCACGGUAAGAUGGAAAAUAAAGGGUUAGAAGUUUUUGAUGAGAUGAUGAGUGGAAAAGACGGUGUUGUGCCCGACGUUGAACAUUACGGAUGCGUAGUUGACUUGCUAGGUCGUGCUGGUCAGGUGGAAAAAGCGUUUGAGUUUAUCAAACAGAUGCCUCUUGAGCCAAACGCUGCUAUUUGGGGUUCGUUAUUAGGGGCUUGUUUGGUGCACUCGAAUGUCGAAAUCGGGGAAAUUGCGGGUCAUACGCUUUUACAAAUAGAACCGGAAAAUCCUGGAAAUUAUGUGAUUCUUUCGAAUUUAUACGCGUCUAGAGGACGAUGGGAUGAUGUUAGAAGUAUACGAAGUUUGAUGGAACAGAAAGCUGUCGCUAAGGAUCCAGGAAAAAGUUGGAUCGAAAUCGAUCAAACGCUUCAUACGUUUCACGCAGGCGAUCGGUUACAUCCAAAAAUGGAUGAGGUUUAUGAUAAAAUGAAAGAAGUGUUAGUAAAGCUUAAGGAAUAUGGGUAUUCGCCGAAUUUGAGCGGCGUUUUAUUCGAUGUGGACGAUGAACAAAAGGAGAAGAUUUUGUUGGGACAUAGUGAAAAGUUGGCAUUGGCUUUCGGGUUGAUUUAUAGUCCUGUAGGAAAGCCGAUUCGGAUUAUGAAAAACCUUAGGGUGUGUGUUGACUGUCAUAGUUUUGCUAAGGUUGUGUCUCAAGUAUGUGAAAGAGAAGUGUUUAUGAGGGAUAAAAACCGGUUCCAUCAUAUUGUUAAUGGUGUUUGUUCAUGUGGAGAUUACUGGUGAUGCUAAUUCAAACAGUUUAUUUAGUGAGGUUAGAAUUUGAAUUUUUU